ACUGAAAUGCCGAAUAUACUUGGUUCAGAAAACUUACUUUCGGUUUUGUGAACACUUAACUAUGGGAAAAUUUUCAAGUUUUACUCGUUUGGUAUCCCUGGUUGUAGACCAGACUUCCUUUGAAGGUCAAAUUUAUUCUAGACCUAGACGAUACACAGUUCCAAGACUUGGUUACCAUGGAGACGGAAAGUUUGGAGACCAUUCAUUUAUCAUUGGAUGAUUUUGAAGGGGACUCGAAUGAGCCUUACCUUGUAACAGUUGGGGUAACAUCUGAGCAAGAGUCUGCCAUGGAAGCUUUCUUUCAAAUAAAUAGUUGGCAGCUCAUUAAAGAGUGUAAAAGUGAGAAUAUAAACGAGGAUGGAAGUCAGGAAUUGACGAUACAUGUGACAGGUGAACAAGAGGCUGCCCUUCAUGCUUUCUUCCAGAUCAAUUGUUGGGAUGUAUCUUGCAGGAAACAGGAACCAGUUGAUGAACCGACGGUAACUGUAAGUAAUGAUAAUAUUGCUGAUGACGGGACUAUGGAAACUAUGGAGGAACACACUGAAAUACAACAUGAAGAUGAGUUAGAAGGGAGUGUGCAGACUCUACAGACAAUGGAGAAUCCAGAGGUAACACAUGAGACAACAGUUGAGGAAGUUUCUGGUCUACAAAUGAUCAAAGUGAGUACAACUGACACAGAUGGUAAACCACAGGUUAUUACUGUGUUUGCCGAGGGUGGUGGCACUAGAGAAAUACCCUCCUCUCUUCUCACAGAUUUGGGCGGGACCGGAGAAGGUGGGCAGGAUAUGCCACAUGUAAUUAUCCAAGAGAUUACACUGCCAGAGGGGAUGACUCUAGAUCAGGGACUAGUUAUAGCUAACCCUGGAAUGAAUGUGGUGAAGAGAAUAACUCCAAGAGGAAGUAUUCGACCCGGGGAUAAAGUACAUAAAUGUCAUGUAUGUGGUAAAGUGUUCAAACAACUUCAGAGUUUCAAUGGUCACUACCAGUCACAUUUUGGUGCCAAACCAUUUAAAUGUGACAUCUGUGAUAAAGGUUUUACGUUGAAGGCAGCUUUAAUGUCUCAUCAUACUAUACAUACUGGAGCUAAACCAUUUACAUGUUCACUAUGCAAUAAAGGUUUCCGACGAAAAGAUGACAUGGUGUGUCAUCUAAGGACUCAUACAGGAGAAAAACCCUAUGAGUGUGAUAUUUGUGGGAAGAAGUUCAAAUAUCGUAAUCAGAUUCCUAAACAUAGACGAGCCCACACUGGGGAAAAACCAUACGAGUGCACAACCUGUGACAAGAAAUUUACCUCCAAUAUACAUUUGUCUAGACACAUACGUACCCACACUGGAGAACGUCCUUAUAAGUGUACUUAUUGUGAAAAAGCCUUCACACAGUAUGGACAUCUUCAGGCUCAUACUCGUAUCCACACGGAUGAAAGACCAUUUCCUUGUGAUGUAUGUGGACGUAGAUUUAGAGAGAAGAAAGUCAUGAAGCGUCAUGAGCUUUUACACACAACAGAACGGAAGUUCAAGUGUGAUGUUUGUGGUCGUGGAUUCUUGCGGCAGAGUAACCUUGAUCUACACGCUGUCAUGCAUCAGAAAGGUCCUAAGGAAGGAGGGUUGAGAAGGGGACGACCAAAACCAAAGAAAAAACAGCCAGAUGCUGAGAUGAGAGAAUUUGUAGCGAACGUUUUAUCUACAGUUAAGAAAGUGGACUCUGGUAUGCAGACAGAUUCUUAUGUGAAUGGUAUACCGGAGAGUACAGAUAGUGUAUCAGGGGCAGAUAAUCUGUCAGCGUUUGUUAAUUUUGCUGUAGAGCAGGAUAACAAAGCUGGAAGAGUACAGAAUCUGGCCGAGUUAGAUAAUGUGAGUGAACAGCAAUAUACAUUAGUGAUGCAGGAUGACGGUAGUGGAGGUUAUCUUAUAUCUAACUAUGAUGGUGAGGGUAUUCCCGAGGAGAUUGUAAAUACUUUACCUUCAGAGCAGAUUGAAGUAUCUUCAGGAAGUAAUAAUGUAGGAGGUGCUGGGGAAGGAAGGGUUAUUAAAGUUGAAGUAGGCUCAGAAAUGAUUGAAAAAGUAGUUUAUUCAAAUACAGUGACUGGAAAUACGAAAGUAAGUGGAGAAGUGGAAUUAAAAAAUGAUGGUAAUGUAUCACAGGAAAAUGUUCUGGUUUAAGAAGUAAGGGAAAAAAAUCAGAGCAAAGGGAGAUUAUUUCCAGGUGGUUUUAACAGAUCAAGGGCAAAAACUUGUCCAUGUACUGCAUGUUUUACAUGAUUACCUCCCUCCCUGUAAUCUGAAUCAGUAUUUGAAAUUCACAUUAUGUUUUAGUAAUGUAAAUAUCGAAUUGUAAACUUUGUUUGGACUGUUGCUGGGUUGUUAUGGUUACAUUUUUAUUUUUUUCCUGACUUCACUGCCAAUUUGUGUUUUUCUUUUAUACAAUAUUAUACAAUAUAUUUAUUGAUUCGUGAGCCACCAGCCUGAAUCAAUAUAUAUCUAUACAGCAAUAAAUACUAAAUUGAAGUUUUUGUUUGAUAAUUGUAAAACAGUACUGUAAUGAAUUAUUCAACCAAAUAUAAUUUUUUCUGUAACAUAGGUUAUAAAUCUAUAGUCAUAAUAUUUUAGUCUUUUUUAUGCCACGGCAGCAUCUGCGAUGCGGUGGCAUAUAGGGAUUCACCUGUUGUGUGUGUGUGUGUGUUCUAUAGAUUGUAUUGAAAAAUUUUCUUGUGAAAAACCACUAGUCCAAUUUCAACCAAACUUGGCAGGAUUGAUCCUUGGGUGAAGGGCUUCCAAAGUUGUUCAAAGAAUUUCGUUUCAUGCAGAAAUCUGGUUGCGCUAUGGCAACCAAUAGCAAUUAUAAGAAUAAAUUUAAAAAAUCUUGUAAAGACCCAACAUGUCUAGAGCUUAGAUAUUUUGCAUAAGGCAUUGUCUGGUAGACCUUUACCCAGAUUGUUCAUAGCCCUGGGGUCAAAAUCGGCCCCUCCGCAGGGGUCAUUGAUUUUCACUAUAUGUACAUUUAGUAAAAACUUAAAAAUACCUUCUCGUAAAGACCCAAAAGGCCUAGAGCUUAGAUAUUUUGCAUAAGGCAUUGUCUGGUAGACCCUUACCAAGAAUGUUCAAAUUAUAGCCCUGGGGUCAAAAUCGGCCCCGCCACGGGGGUCAUUGAUUUUCACUAUUUGUACAUUUAGUAAAAACUUAAAAAUACCUUCUUGUAAAGACCCAAAAGGCCUAGAGCUUAGAUAUUUUGCAUAAGGCAUUGUCUGGUAGACCCUUACCAAGAAUGUUCAAAUUAAAGCCCUGGGGUCAAAAUCGGCCCCGCCCCGGGGUCAUUGUUUUUCACUUUAUGUACAUAUAGUAAAAACUUAAAAUACCUUCUUGUAAAGACCCAAAAGGCUUAGCACUAAGAUAUUUUGCAUAAGGCAUCGUCUGGUAGACCUCUACCCAGAUUAUUCAAAUUAUAGCCCUGGGGUCAAAAUCGGGCCCGCCCGGGGGGUCAUUGGUUUUCCUUUUAUGUAUAUCAUAGUGAGUAAAAACUUAAAGUAAAAACUUUAAAAAAAAUCUUCAAAAAAAAUUCUUCUAUCAAUUGACAAAUGCAAGAGGUUAGAUAUUUUGCAUGAAACAUUGUGUAGUGAAGCUCUAGCAAGAUUGUUCAAAUUAUAGCCCUGGGGUCAAAAUUUCCCCCGCCAUGGGGGUAAUUGAUUUUCAAUAAAUAUGUAUUAUAAGAAAAAAUCUAAAAAACUUAUUGUCUAAAGGUACAAGGCUUAGUGUUGUAUUUAUGCGGUGGCAAAGCAUUUUUCUCAAAUGCAAUCUUGUUAAACUUUAAGACUGAUUUUUAUUUUUGUUCCUCUAAACAAAUUUGUAUGUAUAUUGUAAGGUUUAAUUAUUACUUUUGUAUAUUUUUGGGUAUGUUUAAAAAAAUUCAUUAACUUAUUUUUGUAUUUCCCAUUAUUUAAAAUUAGGGACAAAUCAUUUACAUGUUUGUCUGCAGAAAACUUUAUUCAGGACCAUAACUACUUUGUUGUUAGAUCAGAUAGAGCCUUCAUUAUAGAACACAAAGCUUAUUUUAGCAUCGGAGCUGGACUUUUAAUUGAUAACUGCAUGUAUCAAGAAAUUUUUUGCUGCUUAACAUAUUUUCAGGUAAAUUAAACAUAUACUGUGAGGUGUAACUAUAUUUGAAAGGCAUUUUUAUGUACUAAAUCAGUAAAUGUCUACAUUGCCUGAUUAGAAGUUAACUAAUUACAACUGUAAUUGAUAAAAAAACGUUUUAUUACAGAAAUUUCUUUAUUUAUUUUAGUGAAACAAUGUAUAGUCAAGUUUGUUAUGAAAUAAUUGAGUUUUGUGUUCUAAACAUUGUAUUUCAUAGAAAACUUUCUUGUUGAAGUAAGUACUAAGUAUUCUUUUGUUGCUAUUAUAUUCUGCUCAAUAUUUGUUACCUUUAGCUCUUUUUCAUUGUUCUAAUAUUCUAUAUGAAUGAAAUAUAUGCAAUUUAAAAUGAAGCCA